GCAGUGGCCUAUCAGAGUGUGCUUCUGACCUCAUCAGCUCGCUGCAAUCGUAUACGUCAUCAGCGCGCGCCGUCCUCUCUGGGGAAGUUAAUUUCGUAGAAACCGUCGUGUGCGGAGGCUAGGCGAACCGGUGACUCCCCAGUGAAUAGAGCAAGCAGAGCAUCAGCUGCCGGGCUUCCUGAAGAAGAACCAGAAUCUUCCACAGGAGGCGCUCCUUCUGGUAAUAAGAGAGAUUGAGACAGGGUACAGUUUUAGGGAACUCUAAUCUCGCUCCCCCAUAGGCCUUGGGAUGUCUCUGGCAGAUGAGCUCUUGGCUGACCUUGAGGAGGCAGCAGAAGAGGAGGAAGGAGGAAGCUAUGGAGAGGAAGAAGAGGAGCCAGCCAUCGAGGAUGUACAGGAGGAGACACAGCUGGACCUUUCCGGGGAUUCGGUGAAGAGCAUUGCCAAGCUAUGGGACAGCAAGAUGUUUGCAGAAAUCAUGGUGAAGAUUGAGGAGUACAUCAGCAAGCAAGCCAAAGCUUCAGAAGUGAUGGGACCAGUGGAGGCAGCCCCCGAGUACCGUGUCAUUGUGGACGCCAACAACCUGACAGUGGAGAUUGAGAAUGAGCUGAAUAUCAUCCAUAAGUUCAUCCGGGAUAAAUACUCAAAGAGAUUCCCUGAACUGGAGUCCCUGGUCCCCAACGCCCUGGAUUACAUCCGCACAGUCAAGGAGCUGGGGAACAGCCUAGACAAGUGCAAGAACAACGAGAACCUGCAGCAGAUCCUGACCAACGCCACCAUCAUGGUGGUCAGUGUCACCGCAUCCACCACCCAGGGGCAGCAGCUGUCAGAGGAGGAGCUGGAGCGGCUGGAGGAGGCCUGCGACAUGGCCCUGGAGCUGAAUGCCUCCAAGCACCGCAUCUACGAGUACGUGGAAUCCCGCAUGUCCUUCAUCGCACCCAACCUCUCCAUCAUCAUUGGCGCAUCCACAGCUGCCAAGAUUAUGGGUGUGGCUGGCGGCCUGACCAACCUCUCUAAGAUGCCUGCCUGCAACAUCAUGCUGCUUGGGGCCCAGCGCAAGACACUGUCUGGCUUCUCCUCUACCUCUGUGCUGCCCCACACCGGCUACAUCUACCAUAGCGACAUCGUGCAGUCCCUGCCCCCGGAUCUCCGGCGGAAAGCAGCCCGGCUGGUGGCUGCCAAGUGUACGCUGGCAGCUCGCGUGGACAGUUUCCAUGAGAGCACAGAAGGGAAGGUGGGCUAUGAGCUGAAGGAUGAGAUCGAGCGCAAGUUCGACAAGUGGCAGGAGCCACCCCCUGUGAAGCAGGUGAAGCCCCUGCCUGCGCCCCUAGACGGGCAGCGGAAGAAGCGGGGUGGUCGCAGGUACCGCAAGAUGAAGGAGAGGCUGGGGCUCACUGAGAUCCGGAAGCAGGCCAACCGCAUGAGCUUCGGGGAGAUCGAAGAAGAUGCCUACCAGGAGGACCUGGGCUUCAGCUUAGGCCACCUGGGUAAGUCGGGUAGUGGCCGUGUGCGGCAGACACAGGUGAACGAGGCAACCAAAGCCAGGAUCUCCAAGACUCUGCAGCGGACCCUGCAGAAGCAGAGCGUGGUGUACGGUGGGAAGUCCACCAUCCGAGACCGCUCCUCGGGGACUGCCUCCAGUGUGGCCUUCACCCCACUCCAGGGUCUGGAAAUCGUGAACCCUCAAGCAGCCGAGAAGAAAGUGGCCGAGGCCAACCAGAAGUAUUUCUCUAGCAUGGCCGAGUUCCUCAAGGUCAAGGGAGAGAAGAGUGGUAUUAUGUCCACCUGAGGCGGAGCGCACCAGGGUGGGUGCCCACUGAAGCAACAUGGACACCACUGGUCUGGAGGAACAGAGACAGCCCGCGCCAUUCUGCCCCGAGCCCAGGCCAGGAUGCUCAAGGAAUGUGCAGAAGCGCCUCCUCCUGUCUCCCCAUUGGAAUGCAGCAGGUCUUCACUAUGCCUGUCUAUUUUGUUAUGCUGGGAAAAGAAAUCCCUUUUUUUAGGAGUACAAUUAAAAACUCACUAUCUGUA